AUGGCGGCGGGCGCGCCUCCGGUGUUCAACCUGUUCAUCAUCAACAAGUCGGGCGGACUCAUCUACUACAAGGACUUUGGGUCGUUGAACCGGCUGGACACGAACGACUCGCUGCGCCUGGCGUCCACGUGGCACGGGCUGCAUGCCAUCGCCAUGCAGCUGUCGCCCAUCCCCAACGGUGGCGGCAUCGAGAUGCUGGAGGCGGGCACCUUCGACCUGCACUGCUUCCAGACGCUCACAGGCACCAAGUUCUUCAUAGCCACGGAGGUGGGCUUCACGGGGGCGCCCACGCUGCUCGCAAUCAUCUAUGACCUCUACACCGACUAUGUGCUCAAAAACCCCUUUUAUGAGGUGGAGAUGCCCAUCCGCUGCGACCUCUUUGACCUGCAUCUGCCUGCUGCCAUCCGCAAGGACCGCUCUUUGCUCGCCGCUGGGGUGGUUGUGCCUGGCCGAUCAUAG